AUUUUGUAGACGCCGUAGUCAGAGUGAUCCAAGGAGGAAGGCAGCCAGCAAGUCCAGUCCACACCUUUCGAAACCUUCGAAACCUGUGGAUGUCUCAGCAAUCAACCGCUGCUAAGCCUUCGCUGCAGGGGGUCAGAAUCAAAGCUCGGAAAGGGGCCGUCAAAGCUCACGCCAAACACGAACCUACGAUCUUCAGAGAUCAACUCUACAAACAUCUCGAAACUGUCCCAGAAGGUGAUUUCGAGGCGUUCACCAAUAAACUAGUGCAAGCCGGAUCCACUCUCGAGUAUCUCAAGUAUGCGGACGCACUUUUCGAGAUCCUACUUGUCGGGGGUCUUCUCCAGCCAGGUGGGAACUAUAUCGAUGAUGGCGCACCGCCCUCACCAUUCUCGAUCUUCAACGCCAAAGAGCCCGUGGAUGUGGCAGAGAUAAAGAAAUAUGUCGAGGUUUUGAACAAAUUGAUCAGAAGAUAUAAAUAUCUACAACGUCCACUCGAGGAGACUUCUCUCCCUGGCCUUAUGCAAUACAUCAACCGCUGGUCAGAUAUACAACGCGAGAAACUCGCCAUAGCCGCCGGGAUCAUGCUUGCCCAGGGUCUUAUUAGUGCUGCCUGCCUGCAAGCACUGACCAAAGAUCAUCUCGUCAAGAAUGAUGUCUCGGUCAGCGUGGUCACAGUGGUCUUCCGUGCUUACUUGGGUGAACAAUCUAUCGAUCACCUCGCUGCAACCUUGCGUCGCGGAGGUAUCAAAGAUCUCCUAGCAUUCUUCCCACCAAACAAGCGUCAGGAUAAGGCCUUGGAUGAACACUUCCGCGCUGCCGGACUACCUCAGGUCGCCGAAUGGUGGACAAAGAGACAAUAUGCGGCCCUCAAGGACGGCAUUAUCUCCACUUUGAAGGAAAUGCUUGCCAAUGAGGAUUCCCAUGCUGAUAUCAUUGCCGCGAUCAAGGCUAAGCAAGGCGAGGGCCCUCUGCCGGAAAAUGAAUUGGUUCAGUGUAUCUGGCAAGGCCUGAUUUCUUCCGUUGAAUGGAGUGCUCGUCAAGACCAGAAUGAGGCUUUGGCAAUCCGAGAGAUUGGCGACUUCGCCGAGAUCCUCGAACCAUUCUGUAACGGCGCAAAGACUGAGGUUGCUCUCAUCAACGCUGUCCAAGUAUAUUGUUAUGAGGACACCCGUAUCAUCAAGGCAUUUCCUCAAAUUCUUAAAGUGCUGUAUAACAAGGACUGUAUUUCUGAUCAAGCUAUUAUCUAUUGGCACCAGAAAGGCUCGAAGGCCCAAGGCAGGCAGCAUUUCUUGAAUGCAACUCAGCCGCUGGUGAAGUUCUUGCAGGAGCAAGAAAGCGAGGACGAGGACGAGGAGUGAGUAUACGCCAUAGAUGGGCGGCAUGGGUAUGGGCUGUCAUAAUCAUACGAUACGAUAUGUAUUCAUUCACGACUGGCCGGUGAGAGCACGGACCGUUUACGACUUGUACUACAUGAAUCGAAAUUUCUUUCUUAUCUUCUGUCAGGAUACACUAGACUAGAUAUUCGGGGACGUGAGAGUACAAUGAAAAUUACAACGAUCAUCAACGAUAGCGCACGGACCAAUAAAUCACUUCCAACGCCAGAGCAAAGUUGGGCUUGUGCAUACAAUAGGCUCGAAGAACCCCAUAAACGGAGCAAAUGGUCACAUAGCUACUGGUCCCUGUAAUGGUCACCAGGCUUCAGGCAUAGGAGGAAAGUCGCCUGUCCAUCCGUUCGUAUUCGACAUUUGGAGGAAAAUACCGUCGGAUCCAUUCACAGGCAGACCGAGCUUACUUGUUCUUGCAGCCAAACCGGAAUAGAACUGGGGCUGAAUAUCGCUUGACUGUGAGGCCAAGGAAUCCCUAGUUCCUCCAUCGUGAACGGUGGAGGUGCAGGCGGAGCAGGGACCAGACUUGGGUCGAUGAAUGGCGGUGGAGCCAUCAUUUCAGUACCUCCCAUAGGAUUUACUCCGCCAGAAGAGAGGCCAAUCUUGCGUCGGAGAUUGGCAAGCAUGAUGCGUAAAGUCAACGCAUAUCUCUCUGCAGCAACGUCAGAAAGCAGCUGCGCAAGCUGUUCUACCUGAACCGCAAUAACGUUCAGAUCCAGCUCGGCUGGGAACAGGUUGGCCAUCUUCAACAGAAAUAGGCCUGAGAAGGCGGCUGUCACCAGGCUAUCAUGGACUGCAUAACGCAGAGCAGCGCUAUAAAUCAAUUCAAAUCAGCACGUCAACGAAAGUUUGGCUCAAGAAUCAGCUUCAUACCGAUACGUCGUUGAGUUCAAUAGAUUAGAGAUGCAGUUCGAGGCUGCGUCCUUAGCUUGGAAUGCAAGCUCACGCUGCUCAAAUGGCAUUUUGUCCC